AUGGGGAUCUUCGAUCUAUUGGGACUUCUGAGCGUGUUCCUCGUUCACGGCAAAAUACUUCUUCAGGAUCAAUGGCGAGCUGGCCUGCAGUGGGACGAAAAGUUGCCGGAAGCAAUAUUCGACCGAUGGAUCAGGUGGACUGGACUGUUUCGUAAGAUUGGUGACUUACGAAUCCCUCGCUGUUACUUCAAGAAAGCGACCACGCAAACAUACGAUCAACUUCAACUUCACAUCUUCGUUGAUGCAAGCGAAGCUGCAUUCUCCGCUGUAGCUUACUUUAGAGUGGUCAACGCUGAAGGUAAAGCCGAAUGCACAAUAGUUGCUGCCAAGACGAAGGUCACACCGCUCAAGCCACUCUCAAUUCCACGCUUGGAACUAAAAGCAGCAGUCCUGGGAAGUCGCUUGAUGUCUUUUGUACAGGAGGGUCACAACGUCGAAGUGAAGCGACGAUUUCUGUGGAGUGAUUCCGCGACUGUAUUGGCUUGGCUGCGAGCUGACCACCGCCGCUACAAACAAUACGUGGCGUGUCGGAUUGGAGAGCUACUAUCAACAACGGACAUAGCAGAAUGGCGAUGGGUCCCCAGCAAACUUAACCCUGCGGAUGCGGCGACAAAAUGGGGAAAGAACCCGUGUCCUGAAGUCACUGACGUGUGGUUCAGAGGCCCGGAAUACCUUCGUCUCCCUGAGAACGAAUGGCCGAAGCAAACCAAGGAACUAGUGCAACCCAAAGAGGAACUACGGCCCUGUUUUGUGAUACAAGGUUCAACAAUUCCAGCUACCAUAGUAGAUUUCUGUCGAUUUUCGAGGUGGAGCCGGCUAUUAGGAACAGUUGCGUACGUGCACCGUUUUGUGGACAAUUGCAGGCGUAGAAGACGAGGAGAAGAAACACAAUCAUCGUAUCUGAGCCAGGAUAAGCUGAAGAAAGCGAAGAACACAUUGAUGCAAAUGGUGCAGUGGGAGGAGUAUCCUGAGGAGAUGAACUUGAUACUGGGAAGAAAUAUGGAGCUACACAAAACGAGCGUCUUGUACCAGUUGACGCCAACAGUGGAUCAAUACAGAGUUCUACGGGUCGGUGGAAGAACUGGAGCUGCGCCACAUACUACGUUUGAUGCCAAGUUUCCAGUAAUUCUCCCGAGGAAACAUCCAGUAACCAGUUUGAUUGUGGAUGAUUUUCACCGAGCUUUUCGCCACAGGAACUCCGAAACAGUGGUGAAUGAAGUUCGUCAGUUCUACUAUAUCUCUCGGCUGAGGACGGUAGUGAAGCAAUUAGCGGCUGCUUGUCAAUGGUGCAAGUUGGCGAAGGCAACACCGAAGGUACCGCAAAUGGCACCACUCCCUAUGGCUCGCCUGUCGUCCUUUACCCGACCGUUCACGUACGUUGGAAUUGAUCUAUUCGGCCCGCUGUCUGUGAAAGUAGGAAGGACUACUGCAAAACGCUGCAUCUGCUUGUUCACCUGCUUGACAACUCGUGCUGUCCAUGUGGAGGUUGCAUACAGCCUUUCCACACCGUCCUGCGUGAAGUGCAUUCGCCGUUUCGUUUGCCGCCGUGGAACGCCAGCGAAGAUUUAUACAGAUAACGGCACCAAUUUCCAGGGUGCAGAGAAUCUGUUACGAAAGCAGAUUAAGGAAAUUCACGACGGACUGGCAGCAACUUUCACAAACACAGAUACCAAAUGGAUCUUCAUACCACCAGGAGCACCUCACAUGGGCGGUGCUUGGGAAAGAAUGGUGCGAUCGAUAAAGACGGCCAUGCAGAUCGCUUACAACAACGAUCGAAAAUUGGACGACGAAGGAUUGGAAACGCUGGUCGUUGAAGCCGAGGGUAUCGUUAACAGUCGACCGCUCACGUACCUGCCACUGGAUGCUGAAGAAGGUGAAGCCACCGAACCACUUCCUGAUGGGAUGCUCAAGAGGCGUACGCCAACCUACUGUAGCCUUUAG